CGGCGCGGCGCAGGUCGUCCCGCCACAUGCGCGUAGCCUCGCGCCCGCCCGGCCUCGGCGUGCCGGCAGCAGGCCUGCUGGCGGCAGCGCUGGCGGCGCACCGGGGCGCGCGCGCCGACUGCUGCGGUUCAGUGUUCGGCGGCAUCUGCGCGGACGGCAACGCGGGCACGCCGUGCUGCGGCCGGGGCGCGUGCGGCCUCUUCUGCUGCCGCUGCGAGGGCGGGUGCCGAAGAAGCUCCGCGGCAGAGCAGCCUGGCCCCCGUGAGCGAGGACGCGCUCCAGACGCCCCUCCACCGAUGGCCGAUGCUGAUGGCUCACGACGCGGCCACGACGUACGCUAAGGACGGCACUUGCCACAGGUUCCACCAGCUCAACAACUACGCCGUCACCCAUCGGGAGACCGGCGCGCGACAUGCGCAUCGGCUGAGGCAGGUCACGCGGACUUCUGGGCUCGGCGCUGGACAUCCGCUCCCGUCACCCCAGGGCGGCGGCGCGCUGGGCGCGCUGGAGAAGUGGUGUGGGAAUCGGGGUCCAGAGCUUGCCCGAGAAGCCCGUGCGGACCCCCGAAAGCUCUUGCUCACGUGGCCGUUUGGUCUUCUGACCCAGCCCGCCGGCACCCUGGCCACGCUCCUGGACUGCGGGGCGCGGGCCAUCGACCUUCGCCCGUUUAUGCAAGGGGACACGCUGGUCCUGCACCAUGGCGACGUGACGUUCCACACGCCGAUGGCCCAGGCCCUGGACGAUCUCGUGGACUGGGCGAAUGCCAACCCGGGGGAGCUGGUGCUAGUCAUGUCCAGCCACUGCGCGGGCGGGUCUGGAUGCAGCGAUGCCACAAAGCAGGCAUUCUAUGACAGGGGGAUCCACUCGCUUCGGGAGCGUGACGUCCGCGGGACGCUCGAGCAUGCCUUGGAGCGCGGCAGGCUCCCGGGAAACGGCUCCGUGCUGUGGACGACCACCAAACAUGUUCAGGACAACUUCGAGCAAGAUUUGGGAUGCUACCAUCUCCUCGGCCGCAGGCUCGCGGGCGCCAGAGGCAGCAACGUAUCGGAGGAUAACCGUCGCCUUGAAGGGCUUUCCAUCAGCUUCACGGGUCUCUCCUGCUACGGCUCCGACAACGACAGGGCCACUGCCCUGGAGGCCAUGUGGAGGUAUUUUGACGCCACGGUCAACCCCAGAUCGCCGCCAGACGAUAAGCUGUGGAACAUACAGCUCCACUGGCAGUACGACCAUGGCCAGAUCGCCGAGGGCGUGGCGCGCUCCUCCUGCAUCCUGCAGGAGAACAGCUGGUCGCAGCUCAACCGCCUUGUCGCGGAGCGCAUCCGGGGCCUGGACGUCUUGGCGCUGCUGAACCUCGUCGAGGUCGACAACAUCUGCGACUAUGGCCAGGACAUCGCGGUCGCGAUGCGGGAGCACGCCCUUCGGCGGGCGGCGCCCGCGGGGCUCGCCUCGAAGGCCGACGCCGGCAUCGGCCGCGUGUGGACCUCCCCCUGCUGGUCGUGCGUUGGCGCGGCCGCCAGCCUCGUGGGCUCCGUCCUGCUUGCCGCCCUCGUGACGGUCAGGGUGGCGCUGCGGUGCGCGCGGGCCCCGCGCGUGGUCUGGGCGAGCUGCCUCGCGCCGGCCUGCCCCCGCGAGCAGGCCGGGAAGGCUGGCUCGCAGGGGGGUGUCCCGGACCCGCCCGAGCGGUGCGUCCCCAGCGAGCAGGAGCAGGGGAGGCUCCUGGAGGGGGCCCCGCCCGACGCUGGGGCUUCCCUGGGGCUGCACGGGCUGUCCCCGAGGUAGCCCGGAGCUCUCGCAGCGCUGCCCCUCCACUGGCACCUAUGGCGCCGUGGCAGGGCACCAUCUCUGGCCGCGGCCGCUGCGGGUCGCAGCCAGGGAGCCCUGCGGUGCCGCGUGAUGAUGGCCAAGUGCCCCCGUGCGCUUCGCACUCAGCCUUUUGCUUGCUUGCUUGCUUGCUUGCUUGCUUGCUCUCCCCCCCCCCGCUCGGUCGGGCUCCAUCUCUGGAGCAGUCAUGGCGGGCGUGGUGGGUCGUGUCGUUGCCUGCGCGGUGGCGGCCCCAGCGCGGGUCUUCGGGGUGGAGCGCCCGCUCGUGGUCUGGAGUCGGCUGCAAACGAACGGCGGCCGCCGACGACGUCAUCGCGAUGUGAACCCGCCGAAUCCGCAAGCCUGUGGGUGUCACAGGUCGGGCUCUGUACCUGUCGCGCUCUGGCCGAGAUUUCGGUUCCGGCCAGCCGUGUGGCCACGAGACGCCGCCGUUGAGGCCCACGGAGCGGCCAGGGCAGAGGCCUCGAACCUGUGGCCCCGAGCCCACGCUGAGCCGGCCGAGCCUGUCAGAGACCCGCUCGUGACGACACGAACCUGCCG